AUGGAUCCAAAUCCUGCUUUAAGUGUUAUUUACGAAAGGGCCAAAAGCUAUUUACCAAUUAUUGAAAAGGUCUAUGCGGGAACCAAUACCACCAUUCCAGAAGCCAAUUUACUUGGAGAUCUGCUACAAUUACUAGCGGAACUUCCGCCAAAUUUCCAUAUGUUCUGUGACCCAAUUCUUGAGCCCAUAUCGAUCUUUUGUCUGACAAUAUUUUCAUUUAAUGAACAGGAAACUGUACAAUGGUUAAAGAAUAAAUUUAAUCCUAUCCUAUCUCAAUGUGAUAAGUGUGUUUUAAAUUUUGCUCGAGGAAAAUGUAAAAUGUUGCAGCAUUUUGCAGUUCAAAGACAUGUGCCGCAUGAACAUGUCUCUAAGUUCCAUGAUAUCGUAUGUCUUUGGAGAAUUGAAGCGUUGUUGCCAACCCUACGAAAAAUAUCCACUAAUGAUAACACAACUGUUUCGAUUACUCCUGAAAUUGACAUGGCGAUGUUCGAAUGUCUGGCGAAUCCUCAUAUGAUGAGAUUGAAUAAAGGUUUCAAGUCUCUCUUUGACAUAAUAUUCAAGUUUUUUUAUUCUUCAAAACGACCAUUACUCGAUGUAGAUAACCAGUCUUCCCUGCAUACAUUUUUAGCUGGUAUUAUUUAUUGUUGGUGUGAAGGUACUAAAGAACAGAUGAACUGGUCAAAAGCUUACUUAACAUUAAAACAUCGUAAGAUGGAAACGAUACCAUUAUCAGAAUUUACUGCUGAUCUACUAGAAGAAGUCAAUAUUCAUGUGCUUUUCUUGCAAAAUCCCAAUAAUUGGACUAAUGUCAUAGUUGCUCAAUUUUGGUCAAGAUUAAUACCUAUUUUUGGAUUAUUUGAUAAAGACGUGUUCAUGGAAUAUUUUCUUGUUCCCAAGAACAUUGAAUCUUUGAAAAAAUCAUUUGGUUUCCCUAUAGAGUCUAUUUUCAAAUUAUGGUACAAUCAUCUUGGUAGAGCUUACACAGAUAAACCAUUAGAUUUUCUUCUCAGAGCAUUGAAUAUGUUUGUUGAAAAAUUUGGUUUUGAAUUUUGGUCAACUAUUGAGCCUUACACCUUCCACAGUAUCUUGGAUAUUAUUUUCGAUAGAGAUACCUUUGCUAUAAAAUUGAUUAGAAUCCAAAGCAAUGAAAUUCCUGAAAAUGACAUAGAAACAUUAUUCUCAUUAACAGGUUCAGUAACGGAUUUAUUAUCAUGGACACUACCGUUUUACCAUGCAUUAACUCCAUCGAAGAGAAUCCAGAUGGUGAAAAAGGUUUCUAUGGCUUUUUUGCGCAUAAUUUCCACUCAAGCCUCAUUGAAAUCAAUUCCAAGAGCUUGCUUAAUGAAUUCUUCCACAGCUUUGCUUCGUGCCGUUUUGGUUAUUAAAGAUGAAGAAAGAGCUACUUUAUACGUUAAAGAUGAUUUUGAAACUAUAUUAUUAACGAAAACAGAUUCACGAGCACUUUUGAACGAUCCUGUCAUUCAAGAUAUUUUCAUAUAUUCUGCAGCAAAGCCAAAUGAAUUUUAUCCUGGCUUGGGUGAUUCUGCAAUGUCAGUAUCUAUUUCAACAAUGAUGGUUCUAGCAGAGUGUGUCAAUUUUGACAUAUUACUGUUGUGUGAACGCACUUUUAAGCUUUAUUCAGGAAAAAAUAUUGGUGAACUUCCAUUCACUCAGACGUUACUAGAUAACCUUACCAAAAAAGUUGAUCUUCGUUCAUUCCAUGAUGGUCCUUCGUUGGCGAAGCAGUUGUUAGUUGCGUUAAAAAAUAUUAACGGGCUAUUAGUUAUUCCCAGCAAGAGUCCGAUAGUGCAAAAACAUAAUGUUUACAUUGAAAAUUUUUUAGCACAAGCAACUAAUUUGAUCGAAAAGUUUACUGAUAUUUUACCUACCCAACUUGAAAAAAUUUUGGCAGAUUCAAAUGCGUCUCAAGGAUUUUGGGCGUGUAUAUUUUCAUCCAAUACCAAACUUUAUCAAGCCGCAACCAAUAUCCUCUAUGAAACAUUUGAUGUAGAGGGCAGAUUAGAGGGUAUCCAAGCAAUAUUAAGCAAUAAUUUGACAUAUCACAUAAAAUCUGUAAAUAUUGUCUUAGACCAGUUGAUCAAAUGUGAAUUUUACGAACCUUGUCCAAGGGCAAUUAGAGUUUUGAUGGAUAUUAUCAGCGCCUUUGCAGAUCCAAUUAAUGGUAUUUUUUCUAACUAUAACACGUUAAAGAACGAUACCACUGAUGAGGAAAUGACAAAAUUUUGGCAAUUAUCAUGGCAAUUUUUGGACACAAUUUACCGCUGCACUUUGAAAUGGGCAUCUAAAUAUGAGUACUCUGAAUUAGAGAACUUUACUAAGGACACCUUAGAAUUAAGUAGAUCAUUAGUUGACUCGUACAGGGAAUUUUCAGAUGUCUUGACGAAUAAUAAAAGAGACUUAUUUCAAAGUGUCUUGAACACUUUUAAGAAUAUGCUUUAUUGGCUGAGAUUAAGUGAUGAUUCUCUGCUAGAAUCUUGUGUGAGAUUAAUCAUAAAAGCAUCCGAAAUUGCCCACGAGAAGAAAAUACGUUUUGAAGACACUCUUGUUGAGAGCAUUGCCAAGUAUGGGUCAAAAUCGAAGAAAUUUUCCAAUAAGUUAUCUGAUGCUCAAAGUCGUGAGAUUUUGAAUAUGGCCAAAUCUUUCAAUUCUGAUAUAACGAAUAAAAUAAUAGCAGAGGCUGAGGCAUACCAUGAGGGAAAAAGAUUAGGGCAUCCUGUUAUCACAAUACCGUCAAGUCCAUCUCCAUCUCCAACUCCAACUCCAACACAAGCGAGGGUUGAAUCAAAAGCUGAUUUUUUACAGAGAAAAGCUAUGUCUUCAUCCAUACUUGGUAAGCCCAAAGCGUCACAGUCGAAAAUUACCUCUUUUGGUACACUUCAGCGUCCUUCCAUGUCCAAUCUUCAUCACCAAAAGCCAACGAAACCUGUGUCACAAAUGGAAGUAGCUAGAAGGCAACUUCUAAAAAAUAGAAUAGUUCAUCCACCAAGCGAGUCAGUUUUUAAUACAAAACCCACCCGACGUGUAAAACAUGAAGAAAGCAGUAGUGAUGAAAGUGGUGGUGAGGAUAUUGAAUCUGCUAGAGAAUUAUUUGCCAUAAGUAAGGAGAAGAAGGGCAUUCAAACAUUAGAUAUUAAUGGUAAAGCCAUCAAAAAGGACUCUAAGGCAGACAUAGCAAAAAGAGAGGAAGAAAAUAUGCGGAAAAGAUUAAACGUUGAUCUUGGGCCGUUAUAUGAUACUAUUCUUCAAUGGGAUUAUACACGUCGUCAUGACUAUCCUGAUGCUGAAGGAAUCGAGCAUUAUGCUGACGUAAAAGAUCAGUUUGACUCUGCUGCUGAGUACCAAAAAAUCAUGAGACCCUUGUUAUUAUUGGAAUCGUGGCAAGGUCUGUGCUCUGCCCGUGAUAGGCAAGAUUCUAGUCCAUUUAGUAUUAUCGUGGGUAACAGAACCGCGGUAUCGGAGUUUUAUGAAGUUUAUGCAUCUAUGUCCAAGAAUGUGCUGCAAGAUAGUGGUAUCUCCGAUUCGGAUUUGAUUGUUUUGGCAUAUUUUCCCAAUUAUAAAAGAGGUGACCGUUUAACUACUGAAGAUUUUAAACGUGCAGAAAACACAUGUUUGGCAAAGGUUCGUUCUUUCAAGAACGUUAAAGGUGGAAAUGUUGAUAUAACUUUAAGAAUUCAUCGUAAUCAACAGUUUUCGAAGUUUCUAACGCUCAGGUCAGAAAUUCAUGCUGUAAAAGUGAUGCAAAUGACCACAAUCGAAAGAGAAUAUCAAACAUUGGAGGGAUUAGAUUACUACGAUCUAGUCAAUCAAAUUAUUAAGGCUAAGCCUAGUCCACAAAUGACUGUUCCACCUCAAGAAAUAGAGUUGGUGAAACAGAAUUACAAUCUGAAUACCUCUCAAGCGGACGCUAUUGUCAAUACAGUCGCAAAGGAUGGAUUUUCUUUGAUUCAAGGUCCACCAGGGACGGGUAAAACCAAGACGAUUUUAGGUAUUAUAGGAUACUUCCUCUCUACUAGAAAAAUGCUACCAUCAAACGCCAUCAAGACUCCUACCAAUUCAUCCACCUCAUCUAUGACUAUUGACCAAAUGUUAAAAAAACAGAAGAUAUUAAUCUGUGCUCCGAGUAAUGCAGCGGUUGACGAAAUAUGUAUUAGGCUGAAAGAUGGAAUCUUCGAUAGGAAUGGUAAAUUAUUCAGACCAAAUCUAGUGCGUGUUGGGAGGUCUGAUGUUGUGAAUGUCCAAAUUAAAGAUCUCACAUUAGAGGAAUUGGUGGAUAAAAGGCUUGCUCAAAAGAACUACGAAUUUUCAAAUAAUCCAGAACUUGAACGGAAUUUCAGUGCCGCUGUUUCUAAAAGAAGAACCCUUAGAGCUCAGUUAGACGCCGAAGAAGGUACGCCAACUAGUAAACUUCCCACAAAUGAUAUUGCCAAAAUUCAGCUAGAAAUUAGAGAACUGAGUAAGCAAAUUAACGAGCUUGGACGACAGAGGGAUGAAAUGCGUGAAAGGAACUCAGUAAACUACAGAAAUAGAGAUCUCGAUAGACGUAAUGCACAGGCUCAAAUAUUGGCAUGUAGCGAUAUUAUAUGUUCAACGUUGUCUGGGUCAGCACAUGAUGUUCUAGCUGGUCUAGGGAUUAAGUUCGAUACAGUGAUUAUAGAUGAGGCAUGCCAGUGUACUGAGUUAUCAUCGAUUAUUCCCUUGAGGUAUGGGGGGAAACGUUGCAUUAUGGUUGGUGAUCCAAACCAAUUACCACCCACGGUUCUAUCCGGUGCAGCUAGUAAUUUCAAAUACAACCAAUCACUCUUCGUUAGAAUGGAAAAGAACACAACACCAUAUUUAUUGGACGUUCAAUACCGUAUGCAUCCAGAAAUUAGUAAGUUCCCAUCCGCUGAAUUUUAUAAUGGAAGAUUGAAGGAUGGGCCUAAUAUGGAGGAAGUCAACAUGCGUCCAUGGCAUUCAACCUCUCCCUUUUCUCCCUAUAAAUUCUUCGAUAUCGUGAGCGGUAAGCAACAACAGAACAAAAAGACAAUGUCUUAUAUUAAUAUGGAAGAAAUUCAAGUCGCUCUAGAAUUGGUGGAUAGUUUGUUUCAGCAAUUCGAGAAUAGAAUAGACUUUACAGGUAAAAUAGGUGUUAUCUCUCCAUAUAGAGAGCAAAUGCAACGCAUGCGGAAAGAGUUCCUUCGUUAUUUUGGAGGGACUAUUAUGCAGUAUGUUGAUUUUAAUACAAUCGAUGGGUUUCAAGGUCAAGAGAAAGAAAUAAUCAUUAUAUCAUGUGUUCGUGCAGAUGAUACGCAAUCUAGUGUCGGCUUCUUAAAGGAUUUCCGUCGUAUGAACGUUGCUUUUACAAGAGCAAAAGCAAGUUUGUGGAUCCUUGGGCACCAACAAUCUUUAAUAAAAAACAAACUUUGGAGAGAUCUUAUUAUCGACGCCAAGAAUAGAAAUUGCCUUACAACUGCCUACUCAGGAUUCCUUAAUAAGAAAAACACCAAACCCCAAGAAAUUCCUAAGAAAUCAUUACCAAGUGGAGCUGAAGAAUUUGAUUUAUAUAAUCCUUCUUUAAGAGAGUAUCUACCUACAAAUAAAUCAAGUGAUAGUGCUGUUUCUUUAAAGAGGGUCAGCGAUGAUUUAGGUUCGUCGGAAACGUCACAUUCGAGUAAGAAACCCAAGAAAGAUAAGAAGCAUAAGCAUUCUGAAGCAAAAGCAAAUAAGGGCACUGAAUUAAAGAAAGCUAAGAAGAAUAGAGAAAAUGAAGUGACAAGUGAUAAGAAAGUAAAGAGCAAAGAAAUGGGUGAAAGUGAAAAGAAGGACAAACACAAAAAGGAUAAGAAGGUGAAGAAGGAGAAAAAAGAAAACUCCAAUAAAAUACGAACAAAGGAAAAAUUGUCAGACAAAAUAAGUAAAUCAAAAGAGGAAAAAUUCACGAGUAAAUCAAGUAUAUUUAAAGAAAAAUCGUCUUUGAAUGACACCACGUCAGGAACCAAAAAGAAAUCGUCUAUCUUUGGGGGACCAGAAUUGACUAAAUCAUCUGAAAAUACUGGACCGUAUAUCCGAGAAACGAAGAACACCACUAUUGGAAGAAGUCAAAAGAAGAAUAGACAUGUGUCAUUCCAGGACGAAGUUACUAUAAUUCCUUCUAAAACUUCAUCACGUGAAACUAUUUCAAUGAAGGAUUUCAAGCAUCUAAAAGAAUCAACUGCUCAAAAUAUUCGUUCAAAAUCCCCCCCUCCAAGAAGCCCUGUGGCUGAUAAUGACGCUUACGAUCCUCUGACAGUAAAUCCCGGGAAGUUGAGUAAAAAAGAUACAGCGUCAUCUAAUGAACUUGGAGAUACUCCAACUAAUCAUGGAGGUAUGAUAAACGCAGAUAUAACUGGAUCAGUCCCAAACUCUAAUGCAGCUAAUUUCAACUCAAACCCCUUGCCACAAGAUCCUAAAUCUAGCAAUGGCGGGAAACCUUUGCCUAGUGGGCCUUCACAGGGACUAAAUAUGGCGUUACUUCCAAAAUCUCCCGCAUCACAUAAAUUGCAAGAGCCAACAAGUCACCAAACCCGCUCAAUACCUAUAAAUGCUAAGAACUUUUUAACAGACCCUAGUGAACCCGGAAGUGCACAAAUCGGCAUUUUGCGAGAACCCACUGUUCCUAACGUGCCAAUAUCGAGUGCAACAGCAGUAGGGUCUUCUGGUGUUGACUCAAACAAGCUAGGUAGUUCAGAAAUUUCGACUUCUGCACCAGAUGCAACAGUAAACUUAAGUUCGGAUUCGUCAAUUCAAAAUCCAAUAUCCCAGCCCACUUCUGAUCAACUGACCACCAGUGUGCCUCAAAUGAAAAGAUCAUUACCUACUGGACCGGCUUCAAGACAUCCAUCCAGAAGAACGCCAACUUCUGCAAGUCUCUUUAUUCCAAAGAAAAAAAGAAUGCAUAACCCAUAA